UGUCAUUCAUCACACACUCACACAUUGAACCGGUCGCCCGAUCCGCGCUGUUUAUAUUACCAAACGAUUAUACCAUACGCGGUGACUUCACGACAACUCGUGUUUUGUGAUUUAAUUUAUUAUUAAUAGUUUAGUUAACAGUUAAAAUGGCCAACAACCGGGCCGCGAAGUCUGGAUUUGCCGCUGAAGCACAGCGAAAGAUAAACAGCAAAUACAGCGAAGAGCUGGCAGAGGAGUGCCUGGUGUGGAUCCGGGAGAUCACUGGCGAACCUGAGAAUGUGUCUGGUGACAUGGACAACUUCUACGAAGUGCUUAAAGACGGGACGCUGCUUUGCAAACUCUCUAACCAGCUCCAGCCCGGCACAAUCAAGAAGAUAAACGAAUCCAAGAUGGCGUUCAAGUGCAUGGAGAACAUCAACGCGUUCCUGGAGUCAGCGAAGAAUUUCGGCGUGCCAGCGCAAGAAACCUUCCAAACUGUCGACCUUUGGGAGAGACAGAAUCUUAAUUCUGUUGUCAUUUGCCUGCAAUCUCUUGGAAGAAAGGCCGGUAACUACGGCAAGCCAUCCAUAGGUCCCAAAGAAGCCGAGAAGAACGUAAGAAACUUUACGGAAGAACAACUGAGGGCUGGUCAAGGAGUUAUCUCUCUACAAUAUGGCUCCAACAAGGGAGCCACCCAGAGCGGAAUCAACUUUGGAAAUACAAGACAUAUGUAAACAAUUGUUUAGAACUCAAAAAGUCAUGUUAUCCUUUUCUUGCACAUAAGUCAGACGUUGUUGUAGAAAAGGAUAACUACUUUUUGACCGUACACCAUCGAUAUACACUUCUAAAAGGACGAGAUUUUGGCAUUGAAUUACUAUGUACUAGAGUAAACACUACUCAACACUUCUGCGUAGCCUUCAACUGCGGUGAUAUCGCUGCACUAGUUUCUCGCUAUCUUGCUAUGAUGAGCAAAACAUGUAAGCGCCACGUAAUUCGGCAUGUUUUGGUCGCUAGAAAACUAUAUUCUAUAAUGUUGCGACAUGAUUUUUGUAUGGAACUGCUUCUCUAGUAGUACAUAGUAUCUCAAUGGAUUUUGGUAACAAAUUUUAUUAAUAAGCGUACAAUUCAUUCCUAGAUUAUUUCAAGUGUGUACGUAAGAAUACAUGUAAUUUUUUUUUUUUUUUUGGAAAAGUGUAAUUGAUAUUAAGCUCUGUACUUAUGAAGUAAUAAUUACUUAAAGUACGUUUUAAGGACCAUUGCAGUUAACUCGAGUGGAAUCUCUAAGUAAAAUGUUAUUAUAUUGUUGCUGUAAGUCACUCGUUCAAAAUAAUAUAGCAUUUAGAUUAAUCAUUCCCAAUUCAUUCCGUAUUUUUCAAUUUAUUUUUAAUUUCUUAUUGAUAUGUACAAAAGUAUCGAACUUGGUGUUGAGAAUUCAAUUUUUUUUUUGGAUUUUGAUAAAAAUCAUUUCCAUUUAGUAUUUUAGUUUUGUGCCAAUUGAAAUUUUUGGAAAUAUUUUUUUAUAUAGUAAUUUAAACUGUUCAGUAAUAUUAAAUAUUGAUGACUGUAGUUCAUUUAUGAUGAAUUAUAAUAAUAUAUUUACAAUUUCGAUAAAUUGUGCCUUCCUUGUCCCAUAGGGACUUUUUUCUCCGGAGGUGACUAACUUCGUUAUUACUGGGAGUUUCCCGGUAAUGUUAUUUAUUAAAAUUAAACUAUUCAUUCCAUAAUAAUAAUUAUUAUAUUUAUUGUGUUAGUACACUGUGAUUAACGAUUUUUAUAAAUACAUUCUAUUCUUAUAGUUAUUGUAUUUUGACGAUGCGUAAGAUUUUUUUGUGAGUAAGUUUCAUGAAGCACUUACUUUGUGGAAGUACGUAGAAUAAAAUAAGUAAUGUGAAAAUAA